AAUUUGUUAAUGAUUUGUUUGUUUGUGGGUUUAGCUUGUUGUAUAAGUUGAAAAGUAGAAGCUAGUUUGGGUUGUUCCCCGCCGCCUGAAAACAAGCAACAAGAAGAAGAAAGGAGUGAGUGAGUCAGAGAUAUCAACAAACCCUUUCUCCUUCCAUCUUUCCAUGCACAUUGCCUCUCAUUCACUUUCUUUCUUUCUUUCUUUCUUUCUUUCAUAUUCCCCCAAUACCAAUAAGCUCAAGAAGACUUGUUUGGAGUAAAUAAAUCCAGGAAAAAUGAAGUACGUUUUGGUGACGGGUGGAGUUGUCAGUGGACUUGGGAAAGGAGUUACUGCUAGCAGCAUUGGAGUACUCCUUCAGGCUUGCGGCUUUCGUGUUACUUCGAUCAAAAUUGAUCCCUACUUGAACACUGAUGCAGGGACAAUGUCUCCUUUUGAGCAUGGUGAAGUGUUUGUCUUAGAUGAUGGUGGUGAGGUUGACCUUGAUCUUGGAAACUAUGAACGUUUCUUGGACAUCAAAUUAACUCGCGAAAAUAAUAUCACAACCGGAAAAAUUUAUCAGUCUGUUAUUGAGAAAGAAAGAAGAGGAGAUUAUCUUGGCAAAACUGUUCAGGUUGUUCCACACGUUACAGAUGCUAUCCAAGAGUGGAUAGAACGCGUAGCACAGGUACCCGUUGAUGGAAAAGAAGGCCCUGCUGAUGUUUGUGUCAUUGAAUUGGGUGGAACUAUAGGGGAUAUUGAAUCUAUGCCUUUUAUUGAAGCUCUUGGCCAAUUUUCGUACCGUGUAGGCCCUAGCAACUUCUGUUUGGUUCAUGUCAGCCUGGUGCCUGUUCUCAGUGUUGUUGGUGAACAGAAAACAAAACCAACCCAACACAGUGUCCGUCAACUAAGAGGGUUAGGGUUGAUCCCAAAUCUUCUUGCUUGUCGCAGUUCAAAGGAACUUGAUGAAAAUGUUAAGGCAAAACUUUCUCAAUUUUGUCACGUGCCGUUAUCAAACAUACUCACUCUCUGUGAUGUUCCAAAUAUUUGGCACAUUCCUUUGCUGUUACGAGACCAGAAGGCACACGAAGCAAUCCUGAAAACUUUAAACUUGCAAGGUGUUGCCAGAGAGCCUGAUUUUAAGGAGUGGAUCACUAGAACAAAAGUUUAUGACAAAUUUCCCGAAUCUGUUAGAAUUGCAAUGGUGGGAAAAUAUACAGACCUUUCAGAUGCAUAUCUUUCUGUACUGAAGGCACUUCUGCACGCUUCUGUUGCUCGCAACCGCAAGUUGGUUGUGGAUUGGGUUCCUGCUGAGAAUCUGGAAGACGAUACCUUUAAAGAGGAUCCCAAUGCAUAUAAAGCUGCUUGGAGUCUUCUAGAGGGUGCUAAUGGGAUUCUAGUUCCGGGAGGUUUUGGUGAUAGAGGAGUGCAAGGGAAAACUCUUGCUGCUAAGUAUGCUCGUGAACAUAGUGUUCCGUUUCUUGGCAUUUGUUUGGGGAUGCAAAUUGCUGUCGUUGAAUUUGCAAGAUCUGUUCUAGGUCUUCAUGAUGCUAAUAGCACAGAAUUUGAUCCUAAAACCAAAAAUCCUUGUGUCAUAUUUAUGCCAGAAGGUUCGAAGACUCAUAUGGGAGGAACUAUGCGUCUUGGUUCAAGGAGAACUUACUUCAAUGUUGCUGACUGCAAAUCAGCCAAGUUGUAUGGCAAUGUUAGCUUUAUCGAUGAGCGGCAUCGCCAUAGAUACGAGGUUAAUCCUGACAUGAUAUCAAAACUUGAGACUGCUGGUCUAUCUUUUGUCGGCAAAGAUGAAACUGGGAGGCGUAUGGAGAUAGUUGAAAUGCCUGGUCAUCCUUUCUUUAUUGGUGCUCAGUUUCACCCUGAGUUUAAGUCUAGACCAGGGAAACCUUCUCCACUAUUCUCAGGAUUAAUAGAAGCAGCAUGUGAGAGGACAGUUGUGUCAAAAAGCAAAGAAAAUGCAAACUUAACCAAUGGGAUACAUGAACCACACUCGCCAACAUCGAAAGCACAAAAUGGAAAUGUGUUGAAAUCUUCUAAUGGUUCCUUAAAUGUUGUAUGCCCCAAUAGUUCCUUAAAUGCGGAGGAGGGAGUUUAGUCAAACUUUUUAAUCCUACAAUUGUGCUUUGGUUCUAUCCGAACACAUUUUUGUUCUUAGUUAGUUUGUACAGUUUUGAGUUGUUUGGUUAGAGAUAAGUUUGAGCUCUACCUAUAGCUUUUGUUUCUAGCAUGAAGCAAAUUUUGGGUGUAACAACUUUUGUUUCCAAGCAUAUAGGUGAAGCUUAUGGAUGUUAUUAAUGUUUUGCUUUUCACAACGGUUCGAAAUAGUGGUUUUUUUCUUGUAAGGAAUAAUGUGAUGAGUUUUAAAACCCAUUUCUCCUUUACGGUGGAAAAACCACUUUCAUUUC